AUGUCUCAGUAUGAGCUGUGCCACAUGUUCCUGCUCACUCUGGUGUCACAGAGGGGCUGCCUUUUGGAUCUGCUGGAAACUGCUAUCUCUGCUAUGAAGGGUUUCGGCACCGUGUACAGAGCAUUCGAUGCUGUCACGGGACGAGAGGUGGCCAUCAAGCAAGUCAAUCUCCACCAACAGAGCAAUGAGGAACUCCUCAAAGAAAUCCUGGUCCUGAGGGAGAAGAACCACCCCAAUAUUGUCACCUAUGUAGACAGCUACCUUGUCAGUCAGGAGCUCUGGCUGGUGAUGGAGCACAUGGACGGAGGCUCUUUGACUGAUGUUAUUACCGAGACAUGGCUGGCUGUAGGGCAGAUAGCAGCUGUCUGUCGGGAGUGCCUGCAGGGACUGGCUUUCCUUCAUUCCAACGGGGUCAUCCACAGAGACAUCAAAAGUGACAACAUUCUUCUGGGCCUGGACGGAGCGGUGAAGUUGGUUGAUUUUGGCCUCUGUGCUCAGCUCACCCCUGAGCACAGGACACGGAGCUCCAUGGUCGGCACUGUUUACUGGAUGGCCCCUGAAGUUGUGAGAAGCCAACCCUACGGCCCCAAGGUGGACAUCUGGUCUCUCGGCAUCGUGGCAAUAGAGAUGCUGGAAGGAGAGCCUCCUUACUUUAAGGAAAGCCCUUCCAUGGCUCAAGACCUGAUAGCCAGAGCAAGGACACCAAGGCUGCAGAACCCCUGGCUACACUCCCCUCUCUUGCAUGACUUCCUGAACUGCUACCUGCAGAAGUUCCUGGGCAGACGCUCGCCUCUCCUCGUCCCUCUGCAGGCAGCAGUUCAGGAAGUCAUGCAAGAGAGGGGAGUGUAGCCAGGGGUUCUGCAGGUAAAGAGGGAAGCGGCUGCAGGUGGAACAGCUGUCCCAUCUCAGGCAUGGCUUCUCGGCUAAACUCCAA